AUGGACAUCCGUGCUGCACAAGGUUCUACAGCAGCAGUACGAGAAGCCAUUGCUGGUCGGCUUCCAAUGGACCAGUUUAGUAAACUAGCUGUAACAGGACUUGAAAACGGCCAGACGCGUGGGGCGUCACCCAAAUACGAGAAGCAGCAGCCAAAGCGAAAAUCCACUCCUGAUCUCGUUUAUCAGAACUACCACAACAACCACAAUAACGUACAACCAAUUCCUCCAUCCUUUGCUGUUGCCUCAAAAACCACUGACGAUGAGACUAAAAAGGAUUUGCUAAAGCCUGGUGACGUUCUCAAAAGCCGAUGGCGCGUGCUAAGCAAGAUUGGUGGUGGUGGCUUUGGUGAAAUAUACGAAGCUGUUGACACACAGGCGGAUUCCGGAGCAUUGGAAUCGUCGAGCUUAUGCCCACUCUGCGCUAGCAAACUCGAUGGGCACGCUCACAACCCAGCGUCGAACCAUGCAUCUGCACUCGUACAGACGUGCACGGCUUGUGGUCGAAAAUUCGUUCCGACCGCCACCGCGAACCAUGAUCUUCAGCGUCAUCUGAGCGAAAGCACGAUCGAGCUGGUUGACUCGGGAAACUCCUCCACACAUUCAGACAAAGUAACGGGACCCGAUAAUCGCAUUGUAGCCGUCAAGGCUGAAUCCAACACCCAGCCAAAACAAAUGCUGCGCAUGGAAGUUGCCGUGAUGCGUAGAUUGAAGAAUAAAAAAAACUUCUGCGAUUUACUGGCCUGCGGCAGAAAUGCGCGGAUUAACUACAUCAUUAUGACUCUGCAGGGUAAAAAUCUCAGCGAACUGCGCAAGAACAGCGCCGAGCGCUGUUUCAGUCGUUCUACGUCCCUGCGCAUAAUAUGCAAGUGCCUUGAUGCCGUAGAGGCAUUCCACAGCAUUGGCUUCCUCCAUCGUGACAUUAAGCCCUCCAAUUUUUGCCUACGCAAAGACGAUCCGACGGAGGUAUGUUUGCUGGAUUUUGGCCUAGCUCGCCAAUUCACCACAACAGGCUCGCUCAGUCAACUACGACCACCAAGGAAUUCUGCCGGCUUCCGCGGGACUGUCCGCUAUGCUUCCAUCAAUGCCCACAAAUACCGCGAGUUGGGGCGACACGACGAUCUGUGGUCGAUGUACUACAUGCUCGUGGAGUUUCUAAAAGGCACUCUGCCAUGGAAUAAAAUCAGCCAGAAGGAGAUUGUUAAGAAUAAAAAGAUGGAAACCGAUCCCAUUGAACUCGGGGUGACUAGUGGUCUUCCGAAGAGCAUCGCUUCGGUGUGGGUCAAUCACUUGAAAGGCCUAAGUUAUUACACGGCUCCAAAUUACCGCGAGUUGAGAAGAGUCAUCGAGAAUUGGCUUUCAGCGAAUGGUGUGGAGUGGAAUGAGCCAUAUGACUGGGACAGAAGACCAAUGACUCAUGUUCAAAGCGCGACCACAUUUGCACCGCUCUUCAAACGAAAUCAAGUGCCUACUCGACAGUUUGUUCAGAAUUCCAAGCGACUCGCUCACCACGACUCGUCGGGCUGCUUGAAGCGUCUCGACAAACGCAGCUUCGGCUCCAACAUGGAGCUUAAACGGCUUGAAUCCGAAGGCGCUGAAGGCAGCACGGCCGCCUUUGUUGGACGAAGUACAGCUGCGCUCUGCGAGGAUGCGCUGACAAACCAAAGCAAAACCCAAGUGCCUGGAUGUGUCACCUUGGCAACGGAGAAUCUCCUACAAGAAGACGGCGCCGGCAACGCCAAUGAAAGCUCUGACAAGGUGGACGGGAAGGAGAAGCUAAUGGCCAGUCACAUUGACCUCGCUGCCAUAGGUGAGCCCAGGAGGCCAGCGCAAGGUGCUGAACCGACAGACAAGCAGUUCCUUCCCACAGGCACCCCACAAAAUGAGAAAAAAGAACGCUCCAACGCCAACCAACGCCACAAACUCUUUACCUACUUUGGACUGAGGCGUGCAAAAUCCGAGACCCGACCAUCUUUGGCAGACGUUUUAAAUUUCUCCGGUAAACCGCAAUAUCAUCGCCAGCUUUCUGCUGAAGCGCGUUAUUCUCUCGUGAACAGCUUCACAUCGCCAACGUCACCACUGCCUCCAACACCGCCUCCGCACAAAACAGCAGGUCGUGAAAACGAUCUGGUCUUUCUUCACCCCGAAAACCGCCCCCUCCUGCCUCCGACGUAUCCCACCACCCCUCCGAUGGUGCCCUCGCUCUUCCACGAGGACCUGCACAACCCCGCUGCACGCUUGCCACCGCCGUACAGGAUCAGACGAGGCACUGUUGAUAGCCCUGCUGGUCAGGCCGAAGCGGUCUCUACUUUGCCCACACCGAAACCACGGAGUCGGUACUCGGACAUCCUCGAGGCUACGCCUGAAGAAGUGGACAAAGUAGCAGAGCCCACAGACGAUAGAAAUGGCUGGUUUUGCAGAGACGACCUUCAGGAUGGGUUUCGCCCCACCUUGCUCUCCAACCCUUACUACCGUUUCAGAUCACGAAGUCCCACAAAAGGCGAAUCAGCAAUAAGCCCACUGCAGCUUUUGGAGGUGCUCAAAACGCGAAGCUCAAGUGCUGAACACCUGGAAGAUGGCAUCUCGAAGCCUAGUCCACACCUGGAACCCAAGAAUCGGCAAAUGUAUCGAAGUUUGAACACGCUAGCUAUGACCACACCAGACCCGAUUGUGUAUACAUCACAAGCCGUUACGAGCAAUAAUUCAAACGGGGACAACAGUAAAAAAGAUCUUGUUCGGAAAGGUAAUGAAACCUGGUUGCCGGUGAUAGAUGGGCGGACAAGGUCAGCGUCAACAGACAUAGCCUCUAAUAGGCCAGCUUCCUUGGUGGUGCAUGGUGCAGCAGUCGGUGUUAUUCGUAGGCCGACGCAAACGCUUAGUGGCAAAUCGACGAUUAAUUGGCGACCAGUGAAUCCGAGGGAUAAAGCUGGCACAUCCUUGAGUUCGCAUAUGUCCAACCCGACCCCUAGCCCCAGCGACACACAGAAAUAA